AUCGUCGUGACCUACAGGAUGCCGGCCCUUGCGAGCUGCGUAGAUGCUGCGCCUCCUGGCUACGCUGCCCUCUUUGCUAGGGAAGGCUCCCACGCCGCGUCGGUUCCUUUCUCCUCCACCACCACCGCCACCACUGCGGCUGCCAUUGAGAACUCAAACCCAUCAGCCACCCUCUGGACGCCCUCUCUCUCCGCCGCCCUUUACCGCAUCGAUGCUUGGGGCCAGCCUUACUUUUCCGUCAAUCCCUCCGGCAACAUCUCCGUCCGCCCUUACGGCUCGGGAACUCUUCCUCAUCAGGAGAUUGAUCUUUUGAAGGUUGUGAAGAAGGUUUCGGAUCCGAAAUCGGUAGGCGGGCUUGGGUUGCAGCUGCCCCUCAUCGUACGGUUGCCGGAUGUGCUCAAGAACCGGCUGGAGUCGCUUCAAUCUGCUUUCGACUUUGCUGUCCAGUCUCAGGGCUAUGAGGCUUAUUACCAAGGCGUGUACCCCGUGAAAAGCAACCAGGACAGGUUCGUGGUUGAGGGUAUUGUGAGGUUCGGAUCUCCAUUCCGCUUUGGGUUGGAAGCCGGGUCAAAACCCGAACUGCUUCUAGCCAUGAGCUGCCUUUGCAAGGGAAGCCCAGAAGCUCUGUUGGUCUGCAAUGGGUUCAAGGAUGCUGAGUACAUUUCUCUUGCUCUCUUGGCGAGAAAACUCGCUCUGAAUACUGUGAUUGUGCUUGAGCAAGAGGAAGAGCUGGAUUUGGUGAUUGAUUUGAGCCAGAGGCUUGGUGUCCGUCCUGUUAUUGGGGUCCGAGCCAAGCUGAGAACCAGGCACUCUGGGCAUUAUGGGUCUACUUCCGGCGAGAAAGGGAAGUUUGGGCUAACAACCACCCAGAUUCUCAGUGUUGUGAGGAAGCUGGAGCAUGCCGGAAUGCUUCAUUGUCUGCAAUUGUUACAUUUUCAUAUUGGGUCUCAGAUCCCGGCCACUUCUGUUCUGCAAGAAGGUGUAGGUGAGGCAGCACAAAUUUACUGUGAAUUGGUUCGCCUGGGUGCCAACAUGCAGGUCAUUGACAUUGGAGGGGGUUUGGGUAUUGACUAUGAUGGAUCCAAAUCUGGUGACUCGGAUAUCUCUGUUACUUAUGGACUUGAAGAGUAUGCUGCCGCCGUAGUCACUGCAGUUCGCUGUGUUUGUGACCGGAAAGCUGUCAAGCAUCCGGUGCUGUGCAGCGAAAGUGGAAGGGCUAUAGUGUCCCACCAUUCCAUUCUGAUUUUUGAAGCCAUUUCUUCGGGGGCUUCCUCUGCUCCGGCAAUGGACUGGCGUGCUUUACCGGAAGAUGCACGUUCUGAUUAUCUGAAUUUGCAGAAUGCGGUAAUAUCAGGUGAGUACGAGACCUGUUUGGUCGAUGUUGGUCAAUUGAAACAAAGAUGCGUGGAACAGUUCAAAGAAGGGUCUCUGGGUAUUGAACAAUUAGCUGCUGUUGAUGGGAUAUGCGAUUUCGUAACGAAAGCAAUUGGAGCAUCCGAACCUGUUCGUACUUACAAUGUGAAUCUCUCCCUUUUCACUUCAAUUCCUGACUUCUGGGGCGCCGGCCAGCUUUUUCCGAUUGUCCCAAUUCACAAACUUGAUGAGAGGCCCGGAGUGAGAGGUAUUUUAUCUGAUAUAACCUGUGACAGUGAUGGGAAAAUUGAUAAGUUCAUUGGUGGUGAAUCGAGUUUGCCUUUACACGAGUUGGAGGGCAACGGUGGUAGCGGUGGCCGUGCCAAGUACUAUCUGGGGAUGUUCUUGGGCGGGGCUUACGAGGAGGCCCUCGGUGGAGUCCACAAUCUCUUCGGUGGACCAAGCGUUGUACGGGUGUCACAGAGCGAUGGCCCUCACAGUUUCGCAGUGACACGGGCGGUGCCCGGUCCAUCCUGCGGGGACGUCCUCCGAGUGAUGCAGCACGAGCCCGAGCUCAUGUUCGACACCCUGAAGCACCGCGUGGAGGAGUUUUGUGGGCCGGAGCACAGCGAUUCCGGCGGUGAUGAUGGUCACGGAAUGGCCAACGCUGCCCUAGCUAGCAGCCUUGCACGGUCCUUCCACAACACGCCGUAUCUGGUUUCCUGCUCUCUGACUGCCAUCAAUAACAAUGGGUUUUAUUAUUGCAAUGAGGAUGAGUACAACGCCGCCGUCGAGCCUGGGGCCGCUGAGGACGAGCAGUGAUCUUAUUGCUGUGCCUGAGAGAGACGGCCGGCGCUACCUCCCAUAUGUUGCCUGCGUUCUCUUUUAUGUUUUAAUUGUUAAUUUGGAAUUUUUAUUUUAUUUUUAUUGUUUCCAUGAUGGGCAAAAGAUAUUAGCAGGGCAGUGGAGUGUGUCAUUUGCACUUUGUGCUGAAGAGAGGGGAGUAGGGGACUGAUGUAACCGAAUCCAUCCUUCGUAAAUUCGGGAUGUUAUUCCCUCUUUUCUCAGUUCUUAAUAAAAAAAAUUUCAUUUA